AUGGCAUCUGGCUUGGCGUUAAAGCAUGCGGUCCUUGGAACCCAGCUUUUCCCACCAUUUCCGGAGGGAUAUCUGACGGUCAUGUUCGGAAUGGGUUGUUUUUGGGGCGCUGAGCGUCGAUUCUGGCAGCUUCCGCACAUCUACUCCACACAGGUGGGUUUCGCUGGUGGGACCACGAGCAACCCAUCGUACGAAGAGGUUUGCAAAAAGGACACGGGACAUGUCGAGGUCGUGAGGGUUGUAUACGACCCCGAGGAAACGUCUUUCAAAGGCCUUUUAAAGGUGUUCUGGGAGUCGCACGAUCCGACUCAGGGCAAUCGACAGGGCAACGAUAUCGGCUCUCAAUACAGGUCUGCCAUCUACGUCAGCACGCAGGAUCAGCUGCAAGCGGCUCAGGCGUCGCGCGACGCCUUCCAGGAGGCCCUGGGCGCCUCCCGACCCAUCACCACGGAGAUCCGCCUGCUGACAGACUUCUACUACGCAGAGGACUAUCAUCAGCAGUAUCUGCACAAUAAUCCCAGGGGUUAUUGUGGCUUGCGAGGGACUGGCGUCGCGUGCCCCGCCUUUUAA